AUGAUACCGCGCUCGUAUGCAGGUGACGGCGACGGAAAGUGGCUGUUGUUCGCGCGAGAGGAGGCAGUGGAUACGCUUGUAUUUACUGCGGUGGUAACACAUACGACGAAUGUGGUGGCACAGCUCGAAGUGGACGCGGAUGCGCUGAAGCAGCACAGCGAGGAACUGGGGCUCGAGAUGGACGUCCACACAUUCAAGGCACUGCUAGUGAAAGCUCUGGAGCAGUGUGCGUGUGUGGAUGUGGAGAUCGAGACGGAGAGCGAUACGGUGAAGGAGGUUUUCCUGUCGCUUACGUACAAAUUCAGCCCCACGAUCUCUCGAAAGGGAGUUUUUCAGCUGUCUAUAGUGGCCCAAAACGCGCCACAGAGUCUAGUGGAUCUACUAAGUAGCAUCCACGCUAAGCCACCGCAACCAAUGCUGUCAGAGCAGCAGAAAGCAGAUAAAGGGAAGAAAAACAUUGCCGCUACUGCAACUGUGGAGGUAGGAGACCAUAAUACCAGUCUAUUAGGCGGCCAAGAGACCAAGAACGUCUCUAUGGGAUCCCAAAACUCGGAUAAUGGGACGAUUGCAGCAGUAAAUCCAAUGCUGCUCAAGAGGAGACACAUGCCUACUGGAACCACGCGUCGAAGAGGUCCCAAAGGUGCCAAGAUAGCCAAAAAGUAG